AUGCUCAAGAUCGGCCGCCCCUCGAAGUACCAGGGUCCCGCGACCCCAUCGUCCACUUGGCAGCGGCUGACCGGCCAGGAGUCAGCUGACAACGUCGUCGACCCCUCAACGAAGGUCUACCGGGAGCUCUACAUCGGCAACACGAGCCCGGACAUGACGGACAUGGUGCUCAAGGACUUCCUCAGCAGCACCAUGCAGAAGGUCGGUUUCUCUCAGAAAGAGGGAAGCCCGAUCAUCCACGCCAGGGUGUCCGGAAACUUCGCGUUCGUGGAGUGCCGCACUGUAGAAGAGACGACCGCCCUUCUCAACCUUAACAACAUCCCCUUCCUGGGACAGGAGCUGAAGAUCAACCGUCCUUCCAAGUACCCCGGACCCGACACGCCUCAUCUUAACUGGCCCGAUGUACUCGCCAGGUUCACGUCUGGAAACCCCAACGCGGCUUUGCCCGCCCCGGCAACCACUUUCGGCGGCAUCGAGUCGGCCCAGGCGGCUGCGCAGGCUGCCGUGGCCGCCCUCGUGGUGAACAUGCCCCGCCCCACCACCACGCUGCGGCUGAACAACAUGCUCACGGCGGGGGACCUCGCGGACGAGAGCAGCUUCGGCGACAUCGAGGAGGAGACCAAGGAGGAAUGUGAGAAGUUCGGGAGCGUCAAGUCUGUGCACAUCCCCCGCCCUAGCACGACAAGCGAGGCGGAGAAGCCGGGCGUGGGGUAUGUGUUCGUGGCCUUCGAUGCGGUGGACUCGGCCUCGAAGGCGGCGGCUAGCCUCAGGGCGAGGACUUUCGACGGCCGCAAGGUGGAGGUGACCUACUGGGACGAAGACAAAUUCAACGACAGAGUCUUCAAUGAAACUGGCAAUGAUGAGGCGGUGCAAGCAGCCGCUGCCACAAACGGAAGCGCAGCAUAAUCUGUUUCUUUUGCACCGGACGCGGUUAGAAGGCGGCCGUAGCUCGUGCAAAGGCCCUAACAACAGUGUUGACUGUGACCUGGGACAACGUUCGCCAAGCUUAGCUGACCAACCGAGGGGGUGGGGGAGGCGUGCACUAGUUAUGGACCAGUAAUUUGUAGAAUCAACCGCGGCGAACUCCAGCAAGAGUGAGCGCGGAGGAUAGGGGACCGCGCGUUUGUGAGUGAUUCAUUCACCGCGUACAACCAGAGUCGCAGGUUUUGGUAAGAUUUGUUUGGCGUGCCCAUCAUGUGAAGCACUGCUCCCAACAGCCAGCGGCUGUUGUUCGUUCAGUCGCGAGGUUUUUCCGGAAAUGUCGACCUGCUUUUCGCGAAACUUUGGCGAUGCCGUUGCAUUGGUGUCAUGGCGACUUGUCGUGUUUACGCUUGCUCGGAAGACAUCGUCGAGAACGUGGCAUUGCCGCUCUGUCUGCCGCUGCUGGUGCCUGUGUGUUUGUUAGCGGUGGUGUUUUGAUAGCAUACCCUAUUUUUUUUUUAACACUCUCUCCGCAAGGAGGCACUGGAUACAUGGUACAUGCUCUCUUUCAAAGUGUGAAGAGAUUGUAUGUAGAGAGUCUACGCGUCGCGCUCCCGUUGUUCUCCUCGCAAACCAAUGCCGUAGAUUUGGACCUAGUGCACAGAGAUGGGGGUGUCAAAACCCUCGUCGUACGCAGGCCGUUCGAACGCGGCCAGUCGGGUUGGGGUGCUUUCUUUUUGCGAAUCGAAGUGCGUCCUUGUUGCCUCGAUAUGUGUGUGUUUUGAUUGAUUGGAAGGACGCGUCGACCGCACCACCGUGACGUCUUGUGACUUCUCCGGCGUCACGGUACGGUAAAGUACCGGCUUGUUGUGGGACAGACAGAUUCCAAAAGAAACCUUUGUUUUCGGCGAGGCGUGAUGCGAGCGAAAAUCCUCGCCCGGUGCACCUUGCGAUUCGUCGCUUGGUUUGAGGGUACUGACUCGUGGACACAUGUGGGGA